CACAACAACAACCACACUACUACACAGUUACACAACUACACAACAACUGAAACACAGGGACUGAAGAAGAUCUGUUUUCCCAUGGUACUGCGCUACAACUACAACUACACAACUACAACUACACAACAACAACCACACUACUACACAGUUACACAACUACACAACAACUGAAACACAGGGACUGAAGAAGAUCUGUUUUCCCAUGGUACUGUGCUACAACUACAACUACACAACUACACAACAACCACACUACUACACAGUUACACAACUACACAACAACUGAAACACAGGGACUGAAGAAGAUCUGUUUUCCCAUGGUACUGUGCUACAACUACACAACUACAACUACACAACAACAACCACACUACUACACAGUUACACAACUACACAACAACUGAAACACAGGAACUGAAGAAGAUCUGUUUUCCCAUGGUACUGUGCUACAACUACACAACACAAUUACACAACAACCACACUACUACACAGUUACACAACUACACAACAACUGAAACACAGGGACUGAAGAAGAUCUGUUUUCCCAUGGUACUGUGCUACAACUACACAACUACAACUACACAACAACAACCACACUACUACACAGUUACACAACUACACAACAACUGAAACACAGGGACUGAAGAAGAUCUGUUUUCCCAUGGUACUGUGCUACAACUACACAACUACAACUACACAACAACCACACUACUACACAGUUACACAACUACACAACAACUGAAACACAGGGACUGAAGAAGAUCUGUUUUCCCAUGGUACUGUGCUACAACUACACAACUACAACUACACAACAACAACCACACUACUACACAGUUACACAACUACACAACAACUGAAACACAGGGACUGAAGAAGAUCUGUUUUCCCAUGGUACUGUGCUACAACUACACAACUACAACUACACAACAACAACCACACUACUACACAGUUACACAACUACACAACAACUGAAACACAGGGACUGAAGAAGAUCUGUUUUCCCAUGGUACUGUGCUACAACUACACAACUACAACUACACAACAACAACCACACUACUACACAGUUACACAACUACACAACAACUGAAACACAGGGACUGAAGAAGAUCUGUUUUCCCAUGGUACUGUGCUACAACUACACAACACAAUUACACAACAACCACACUACUACACAGUUACACAACUACACAACAACUGAAACACAGGGACUGAAGAAGAUCUGUUUUCCCAUGGUACUGCGCUACAACUACAACUACACAACACAAUUACACAACAACACAACACCGACACACCAACAGUUACACAACUACACAACAACUGAAACACAGGGACUGAAGAAGAUCUGUUUUCCCAUGAACAUUUUCCACAGUGGAAGUGAGGAGUUUGAGAUUCGUCAUGAUCUGCUGGACUGUCACAUCAGUAUCUGCUCUCCUCAGGUCGCCGAGCUCUUCACCGAUAACUUCGACUAUCAGACCCGCAACGACUUUGUGCGCGGCAUUCUCGUCAACGAGGAGAUUUUGGGGAAUCAGAUCCACAUGUUUGUGAGUAAAGACGGCUACGGCGCUCGCGUCUCCAACCUGCUCAUGUACGACGCUGUUUCCUGCGAUCUGAUUGGCCGCUGGGCGUAUCCCAUCACCCCUGAGGCUAAUUUCUCGGACGAGGAGGGGCGGAGCUGCACUCAUUCGCGCCACAACGUUUACCGGGAGAUGGGCGUCGGCCUCGGGCACGGCAGCCUGAUGGAGGAGAACGUUCUGAUUGGACGAAACACAGUGAUCGGUGCCAACUGCAGCCUGUCGAACACCGUCAUCGGGGCCAACUGUGUGAUCGGUGACGGAGUGGUGUUGGACCGAGCGUUCAUAUGGAACAACGUCCACAUUGGUGAUAAGGUGACGGUGCGCCAGUCGGUGAUCUGUGAUGGAGUGGUGGUGAAACCCGGCGUCGCACUCAACCCACAGUGUGUACUCGCCUACAACGCGGUGGUGGGUCCGGGCGUGUCUCUGCCGGAGGGUACCGUGGUGUCUCUGCAUCACCCGGACGAGGAGGACGAAGACGACGAUGACGACGAGUUCCUGAGCGACGAUAACGAGUCCAGCCUUCAUAAAGACAAGACCAAACAGAAAGCGUUUAACCCAGCCGAGGUGGGCUCCGAGGGGCGGGGCUACCUGUGGAAGAACAGCAGUGCUGACGACCCUGGCGAUGACGAGCUAGUGCAAGGCAUCUGGGGUUUGGUCCUGAAGCCCGACUCGGACAGCGAUACCGACACCGAGCCCAGCGAUGGACCAGAUUACUCCAGGAGUCCGUCGCCAGAGCAUGACGAUCUCAGCGUGUUCCAGAACGAGGUGCUGGGUACCCUGCAGAGGGGUCUGGACGAGAACAUCGGCUGUGAUAACCUGGUCCUGGAGAUCAACUCGCUCAAGUACGCGUAUAACGUCUCACUGAAGGAGGUGAUGCAGAGCCUCACCAAGGUCGUGUUAGAGUUUCCAUUCACUCAGCAAGGUCAUCAGAUCGGCGCCGCCCAGUACUACUCACUACUGCUGCCUGUAAGUCUCCUCACCCAUUCAUCCACUCAUCCAUUCAUCCACUCAUUCAUCCACUCAUUCACUCAUCCAUCCAUCCACUCAGCAAGGUCAUCAGAUCAGCGCCGCCCAGUACUACUCACUACUGCUGCCUGUAAGUCUCCGCAUCCAUUCAUCCACUCAUUCAUCCAUUCAUUCAUUCACUCACUCACUCAUCCAUCCAUUCACUCAGCAAGGUCAUCAGAUCAGCGCCGCCCAGUACUACUCACUACUGCUGCCUGUAAGUCUCCUCAUCCAUUCAUCCACUCAUCCAUUCAUCCACUCAUUCAUCCACUCAUUCACUCAUCCAUCCAUCCACUCAGCAAGGUCAUCAGAUCGGCGCCGCCCAGUACUACUCACUACUGCUGCCUUUGCUGAAGAAGUGGGUUCCAGUCUUCAAGAACUACGUGAAGCGAGCUCAGGAUCACAUGCACUGUCUGGCCAGCCUGGAGGAAGUGUUCCUG